AUGAUACUAAAAAAAUUUUUAAAUUGCAAUAAAUAUAUUUGCAAUUUGUAGCUCUAAAGAUUUUCGUUUAAGCCUUUAAAUUAAAUUUUUACUGAAGAACACCUAAAUUAGUUUUAAGAAAAUGGAGCAACAAUUGUUCAUAAUGUAGUUACAGAAGAAAUGAUUGAGGAGCUCAUUAAUUAAUGCAAAAAAAUAAUGAAAAGCAAUAAUUUUAAAGAGAAAAGGGUUUGCUUUAGUAAGGGUGAGUUAGAAGUUGCAUAGAGCUUCAUAGAUUCAGGAGAUUAAAUUGGAUUUUUCUUUGAGCCUAAUGUCUUUGAUGAGCAUAAUAAUCUAAAAGUACCUGAAGACUAAGUACUAAAUAAAAUGGGUCAUGCAUUACACGAUUUAGAUCCAGUAUUCGAAAAGUUUAGCUACAGACCGCUUCUGUAAUAUAUACUAAAAUAGCUUGGAUAUUAGAAGCCUUAAUGCAUUCAGAGCAUGUAUAUUUUCAAAAACUAAAAAGUUGGAACGCCUGUAGCUCCUCAUUCUGAUAAUACAUUUUUGAUUACUGUUCCUUAAUCUUCAGCAGUAGGAUUUUGGUUUGCUUUGCAUGAUGCAACCAUUGAAAAUGGAUGUAUGUGGGGUAUUCCAGGUAGUCACAAAAAUCCAACUACUCAUUUUUGUUACAGAAGUGAUAUAGGAAAUGAACUCAUAUAUGUUGGUUAAGAAAAAAAAUAUGAUUUAACAAAAGCUGUACCAAUAGAAGUUAAAAGAGGAUCUGUAUUUAUAUUCCAUGGUGACUAUAUUCACCUAUCGAAACAUAAUUAGUCUAACCUUCCUCGUCAUGCGUACGCCCUCCAUUUUAUUGAUUCUUAAGGGCAUAAAUGGCAUGAAAAAAAUUGGCUAUAACGUCGUCCCCAUUUACCUUUCAGAGAUUAUAACUAGGUUAUAUCCAAUCUUUAUCCUGUCUGA